UCCCAUCGGCUACAGUCCCAAAUCCCAAGCUCCCAAUCGUUUCUUCCUACUCGAAUCCCUGAAUAAGAACAAAAGGAGCCGAGAAAAACAAGGAGGAAAUAAAAGGGAAGCCUCCUUAGUAGCUUCCUUUCUUUCCUUCUUUCUUUGUUUUUUUUUUUUUGUAAUAUUUUUGUUACAUUAUAUUUCGAUAGAAUUAGGAACCAGGAAAAGGGUGUGUGUGUGUGUGAGAGAGAGAGAGAGACAGAGGAGGGUUUAAUCGGUGUGGUGUUGGGGGAUGGGAUUUUCGACGGACAAUCUGAAGGGAUUGGUGCUGGCGCUGCUGUCAAGCGGGUUCAUCGGGGCGAGCUUCAUCGUCAAGAAGAAGGGCCUCAGAAGGGCCGCUGCCGCUUCUGGGAUCCGAGCAGGCGUCGGUGGAUAUUCUUAUCUCUUGGAGCCCCUCUGGUGGGCUGGCAUGAUCACAAUGAUUGUAGGAGAAGUCGCGAAUUUUGUGGCAUAUGCGUUCGCCCCGGCAGUUCUUGUUACGCCUCUUGGCGCGUUGAGCAUAAUCGUUAGCGCUGUGUUGGCUCACUUCAUUCUGAAGGAGAAGUUGCACAGUCUUGGGAUUUUGGGCUGUGUUAUGUGCAUUGCAGGAUCUGUGGUGAUUGUCAUUCACGCACCGCAGGAGAGAGCAAUCAGCUCGGUUCAGGAAAUAUGGGAAUUGGCCACUCAAACAGCUUUCCUGCUGUAUGUGGCUUCGGUUAUUGUAUUGGUCUUCGUGCUGAUUUUCCAUUUUUCUCCACGCUAUGGGCAUACGAAUGUGCUAAUUUACACAGGCAUUUGCUCUUUGAUGGGCUCUCUCUCGGUAAUGAGUGUAAAAGCUCUGGGUACUUCCCUCAAGCUGACUUUUGAGGGUAUGAAUCAGUUAAUUUAUCCCCAGACAUGGGUUUUUAUGCUCGUAGUGCUUACAUGUGUGAUAACACAAAUGGAUUAUCUUAACAAGGCUCUGGACACCUUUAAUACUGCCAUUGUGUCUCCAAUAUAUUAUGUGAUGUUCACUACACUUACAAUCCUCGCGAGUGUCAUAAUGUUCAAGGAUUGGGAUGGACAAAGCAUGGGAAGCAUCAUUUCUGAAAUUUGUGGCUUCAUUGUUGUUCUGUCUGGAACAAUUUUAUUACAUGUAGCAAAAGACUAUGACAGGAACUCCUCAAGAAGUAUGUAUCCACCAUUAUCCCCGUCAUUGACUAGUAGGCUUUGUGGUGGAAAUGGGGAGUUGCUGAAGCACAUUGAUGAGGAGAUGGGAUCUUCAGAAGAUAUAUGCUUGAGAAGACAAGAGCUAUACUAGCAACUUGAAACAAAGAAUCUGUCUAUGUGAACAUACUGGAUCUCCAUAUGAAGAUUCCAAUCCAGUGACUCAACUUGUUGAAUUGAGUUGAUUGGCAAUUGAAGAACUGAUGAGCAUUCAUACCAUGGUGCUUCUUGUGAACUGCCACUUGGAGGUUCAUGAAAAGUUUUGUGCUGAUUGCUUGGUGGGAUGAAGAAAUAAUGGCUGGACCUCAGCUUUGCGUUCCAAUGUAUACUGUAAAGUACUCAGAGUUGGUGAGAUUCUAGAAAUGUUAUUAAUUUGUUUGUGCAUACAUGGGCAUUCAAUUGCCAUAUCAGGAGGGUGGAAUUUUUCAGCCUAGCAUGGAUCAGAAAAUCCACAGGACAGGUAUUGCUAUGUUCAAGAUUGAAGGGAUAACUGGAUAGCAGGAUCGGACACAGGUUCUUAUUUGGUUUCACUAUUGCAUGUAUAGAAACCAUUGAGGAAUAUCUUAUGCCAGUUUUGCGUUAUUAUUUCCGCCAAAUAUUCUGGAUAGUCUCAGAUGGAUUUGCUUAUUGAAUGUGUAACCAUUUCAAGCAAUGUGACAACGAUGCGACCCCAUGAUUGAAUUCAAGGUCAAACUAAGCUGCUACAUGAAAUAUAAACCACUUUAUGGUCCUUAAUAA